AUGAACUCGAUCGGACUAAUCGAACUCGACUCGAAUGUCAAAAUUUACACUUCUAGUCCCAAAUUGUAAAUUUGUAAUCAUGACCAAAUUCCUAAAUUGAGUUUCACUCUUUCCCAACUCCGGGCUUCCGAGAAAAAGACUCGCCAUCCAUCAAUCUCCUGAAUUUCUCAAUCCAAUUUCUUCUACCUUUCGGACACUGGGGAGCAACAUUUUCAGGAUUUGAAUUCAAAGGCGAAGAAAUUCGAAAAUCAGCAACAAAAACAACGAAGAUCAUUGAUAAGUGAGUCAUUAUUGGUUCAUAUUCGUCGUCAAUCGAAGUCCUUAGGACAUGAGUUCUCCGGCACUUUCUGGAGGCGGGGGCUUAUUUACCGGGUUUACGAAACUGUGUAAAGGGCUUGCUGUGGUCCUUAUUGGUGGACACAUUCUAGUUCAGCUUUUCCCUCCGGCAGUCACUUAUCUCGCUCUUAUUCCUGCAAGGACAAUUCCUUUUGCAUGGAACCUCCUAACAGCUGGUUACACUGAACAGACAAUAUAUGGGGUGGCGAUUAGUGUAUUUGCUCUGCUUUUCAUGGGCAAGCUGCUUGAGCCGAUCUGGGGUUCUAAGGAAUUCGUGAAGUUCAUAUUUAUUGUCAACGUUCUUACUUACAUUUGUGUCUUCAUCACGGCAAUAGCUUUGUACUAUGCAACUAGGCUGGAAGUUUAUCUCUAUAUGCCAAUCUCUGGCUUCCAUGGAGUGCUUGCAGGAUUUUUGGUUGGUAUCAAGCAAAUUGUCCCAGAUCAGGAGCUUUCUGUAAUUAGCAUCAAGGCUAAGUGGCUACCGUCUAUCAUGAUUCUCCUGUCGAUCAUUGCAAGCUUUUUCUUGGCAGAUUCGGCAGCUUACCUUCCCAUCUUUGGUACAUAUAUGAGCUGGAUCUACCUGAGAUACUUGCAGAGAAGAUCAGAGACUAAUUUCAGGGGUGACCCAAGUGAUGAGUUUGCAUUUGCCACUUUCUUCCCAGAAUUUAUAAGACCAGUUAUCAAUCCUAUAUCAUCUAUUUUUCAUCGGAUGUUCUGCGGAAGAUCUGAUAUUUCUAAUGAUGGCAAGGCUUAUGAAAUGGGAGGUUUUCCACUUCCUGGUUCUGAUACCUUUGAGGCAUCAAGACGAAGGGAAAGAGGUGCUCGAGCACUGGAAGAAAGGUUAGCAACGGAAAAGUUGCCUGUUGCAACAAGUGCAGAUGGAUCGCAUAUUGAUGCCUCUGAGGAAGUUUGAAUCUGAACUGCUCCAUUUUCAGCAAGCAGCUGAAUGAUUGUGGUAAAUUUUAUGGAGGUGGAUUCCUUAAUUUUAGUUAGAGAAGUAAAAGUUUUGAUAUUGUCUGACCUUUGAACGAUAAACUAAAUGAACUCUUUGGUUUCUUGGCCUUUGGGUAUAAUUUUUAAAAGGAAUACUUGUUCAUAUCAAGUCGUUAGGAACUUCAUAGUGCCUUGCGCAUAAAAUUCCUAAGAGCAUGAACUGGCUUCAAAUUUAUGCUUAUCUUUGAUAGGAAAACUCGCUAGUAAAUGAAGUCCGACUGAAAUUACCGAAGUA